UUCCAACCUCUGCUGGUAUGGUCACACUUGGCCGUAAUUUGGUAAAUAAAAGGUGACAAUGCUACAACAAAUCAAAAUGCUGGUACUGGGCAUUAUCACCCUGUGCCGGCGUGCCCUCUGCUGUUUCUCCCGACGCCGGAAACUGAGCCACGGCUCCGGCGCCUCCUCCGCCGGCGACCAACUCCAGGCGGUGAACGUGAUUGUGGAGCGCGGUGACUUCGCCACGGUUCCAGGAGCUACCGGCUACAAUGGCCAGCCGGUUGGCGGUCGUGGUGGUGGUGCUGGGGCCAAGGAACGGGACUGGAACUCCUGGGACGACAGUCCGCGUACAGUAGAGGAGCACAUCGAACAGUAUCGCCAGCGUAUGGCUCAGCCGCCGACGCCGCCCAAGGAGGAGCCCGAGCCGGACUUCUUCAGUGAGCUUACGCCUACCAUAAAGCCGCAGGUAAAGUACUACCUCGACGAGGGAAACACAAAUGCCUCCGCCAGCCAACCAAGUGACUUUUCAAGACUGCAGGCCCAGGAUCUGGUGCCAAUUAGCAAUAAUGCCGAUCUCGAGGACUGGGUGGACGACAAUGCCGGUGGCUGGGAAGAGCUGGACACGUCGCAGACGAAGCAAAUUUUACGUGAAAAGCGACGCGAGUUGCGCCACCAAAGACAGCCCGCCCAUCGUCCUGCCCCGCCCACGGUCGGUGCCCAGCGACUGAGCGAUGUACAGCGCGUGGCGUAG